UUUUCCAACAAUAGUUAAGUCCUUCACCAUUGUAUGAAGUAUUUUCUUGAGUCCUCUUCUCAGAAAUAACGCUAUUUUGACCUUAGAUUUCAUUAGUUAAAAAAUCUAAAUGUACCUCUAACUUACCCAUCAAUGUGUGUUCUGUUUAUUUUUUAAGAUAUUCAUUUAAAUUUUUCCCAGUUCUAACCACCACAUCUUCCAAACUGGUAUCACAUACAAACAUAGCAAAUAUUUUCUUACUUUGUCAAUUCCUACAUCAGUGAUUAAAGCAAGGCUCUCAAGGCCAUCAUGUGGGGUGACUCUAAGAUAGCUCUAAUGACAGCUCUCGAGUAGUGGGCAUUAUGAAUGGCAACUCAAAGAAUACCAGUGUAGAUGCUGAUGCACAGGCGUGGACAUUUGCCAAAUGAGCCCAACUGUGCCCUUAAGAUGGAUGAGUGUCACUGUGUCAAUUCUACCUCAAAUGUGAAAAAAGUGGUGGCAUGGAAAUCACAAGGUGCAAGACAACAUGAGCUGUGUGACAACAAUAUCAGGCAACGUAUAUUUCCUCCUCAGGAAACAGAGGAGGCCCACGGGGGAAAUAUCACUGGAGAAGGGCCUGUUCUCAGGCCCAAGGCAAGUCUCCUCUUCCCAACUGCCACCACAUGGAAUGCCCAGCAAUCUGGAGUUGCCUAGCAACAGGUGUUUGUGAUUUAAUUCUCAGUCUGGCAGAGAGGCAGUUCUGAGACAGUUGGCAGAGCUGUUCAAUGGCAGUGGAUGCUUUUGGCAGAGCAGACCAGGUCAGUCCUAAAACCCUCAGUGAUGGCCUCCUGGUUUGGUGGCCUUAGCUCUAGCUUAGGCUGUGACCUGGGGCCAAUGAGCCACAGUGUGGUGUCCUUAACUCGACACAUCUCUAGGUGCACUAAAGAUGUGAGGAUGAUGUUAUACAAAACAGAGGAGUCAAAUGAAUUAAGAAGGAAGGAGGUGGAGACUACUAAACAAUCUAUGAGACCAAAGGUUGAAAGAUUUAUGACAUUUUAUAGUGAUAUAGAUCUUGAAAAUAAGCAGGAAACUGCAGCUUACAAUGAUCUAAUAAAAGGGGACUUACAGAUCAAACUAUCAUUAGGAAAAGAGAUACUUGAAUCGCAAAAAUUAGAGAACCUGCAGGCAGAUACUCAAUCAGUAACUGCAGCAGGAGGCUUCAUACCAGCAACGUCUUCAACGACAGCUGCUGAAAAUAUUGACCCCAAGGCUUCUGAACAUAAACAUGAACUCGAACAGAAAAAUCUUGAAAUGAGGAUUCUGACAGACAGAUACGCAGCCAUGUACCAGAAGUUGCUGAAGCUACAGAAGGCCACUGAAUCUACAGGCGCAACAAGUAACCUUGUAUCAGCUACCCCUGCUUCGAUUUCCCUGGGUGAUAAUAUUGACCCCAAUGCUUCGGAAUACGAACAUAAACUGAAACAGCAAAACCUCGAAAUGAAGAUUCUCAGAGGAAGAAAUGUAGCAAUGAAGUACAAGUUGCUCAAGCUACAGAAAGCCACUCAAUGUCUAAAUGUGGCAGCUGGCCUCCGCCCAGCAAUGUCAUUAGCAUCAGUAGAUAAAAACAUUGAUCCCAGUGUUUCUGAAUAUACACAUGAACUUGAACAGAAAAACCUCAAACUGAAGAUUCUGAGAGGAAGAAAUGUUGCAGUGAAGCACAAGUUGCUCAAGCUGCGGAAGGCCACUCAGUGUCUAAAUGCUACAGCUGGUCUCGUACCAGCUGUACCUGUUUCGACUUCCCUGGGUAAUAAUAUUGACAAUGCCUCUGAGUAUAAAAAUCAACUGGAGCAGCAAAAUCUGGCAAAGAAGAUUCUGAGAGGAAGAAAUGUGGCAAUGAAUAAGAAAUUGCUCAAGCUACAGAAAGCCACUGAAUUUCUGAAUGCGGCAGCAGGUAUCCUACCAACAAUGUCAUCAGCAUCACUGGGGGAAAACAUUGACCCAAAUGCUUCUGAAUAUGAACAUGAACUUGAACAGAAAAACCUGGAAGUGAAGAUUCUGAGAGGAAGAAAUGUAGCAAUAAAGAACACCUUGCUCAAGUUACAGAAAGCCACUGAAUUUCUGAAUGAGGCAGCAGGUCUCCUACCAGCAAUGUCAUCAGCAUCACUAGGUGAAAACAUUGACCCCAGUGCUUUGGAAUAUGAACAUGAACUUGAACAGAAAAAUCUGGAAGUGAAGAUUCUAAGAGGAAGAAACGUUGCAAUGAAGCAUAAGUUGCUCAAGCUAGGGAAGGCCACUCAGUGUCUAAAUGAGGCAGCUGGUCUUGUACCUGCCAUGCCUGUUUUGACUUCCCUGGUUAAUAAUAUUGACCGCAAUGCCUCUGACUAUAAAAAUGAGCUGGAACAGCAAAAUCUGGAAAUGAAGAUUCAGAGAGGAAGAAAUGUAGCGAUGAAGCACAAGUUGCUCAAGCUACGGAAGGCCGUUCAGUGCCUAAAUGUGGCAGCUGGUCUUGUACCUGGUAUACCUGUUUCAACUUCCUUGGUUAAUAAUAUUGACCGCAAUGCCUCUGACUAUAAAAAUCAACUGGAACAGCAAAAUCUGGAAAUGAAGAUUCAGAGAGGAAGAAAUGUAGUGACGAAGCGUAAGUUGCUCAAGCUACAGAAAGCCACUGAAUGUGUAAAUGUGGCAGCUGGCCUCCUACCAGCAAUGUCAUCAGCAUCACUGGGUGAAAACAUCAACCCCAAUGCUUCUGAAUAUGAAUGUGAACUUGAACAGAAAAACCCUGAUGUAAGAAUUCUGAGAGGAAGAAAUGUAGCAAUGAAGCAUAAGUUGCUCAAGUUGCGGAAGGCCAUUCAGUGUCUAAAUGUGGCAGCUGGUCUUGUACCUGGUAUACCUGUUUCGACUUCCUUGGUUAAUAAUAUUGACCGCAAUGCCUCUGACUAUGAAAAUAAACUGGAACAGCAAAAUAUGGAAAUGAAGAUUCAGAAAGGAAGAAAUGUAGCGAUGAAGCACAAGUUGCUCAAGCUACAGAAAGCCACUGAAUGUCUGAAUGCGGCAGCAAGUCUCCUACCAGCCACGUCAUCAGCAUCGCUGGGUGAAAACAUCAACCCAAAUGCUUCUGAAUAUGAAUGUGAACUUGAACAGAAAAACCCUGAUGUAAAAAUUCUGAGAGGAAGAAAUGUAGCAAUGAAGCACAAGUUGCUCAAGCUACAGAAAGCCACUGAAUAUCUGAAUGAGGUAGCAGGUCUCCUACCAGUAAUGUCAUCAGCAUCACUGGGUGAAAACAUUGACCCCAGUGCUUCGGAAUAUGAACAUGAACUCAAACAGAAAAACCUCGAACUGAAGAUUCUGAGAGGAAGAAAUGUUGCAAUGAAGCACAAGUUGCUCAAGCUACGGAAGGCCACUCAUUGUCUAAAUGCAGCAGCUGGUCUUGUACCUGCUAUACCUGAUGUAACUCCCCUGGGUGAUAAUAUUGACCACAAUGCUUCUGAAUAUAAAAAUCCAUUGGAACAACAAAAUCUGGAAAUGAAGAUUCUGAAGGGAAGAAAUGUAGCGAUGAAGCACAAGUUGCUUGAGCUACAGAAAGCCACUGAAUAUCUGAAUGCGGCAGCAGGUCUCCUACCAGCAAUGUCAUCAGCAUCACUGGGUGCAAAUAUCGAGCAAAAUGUUUCUGAAUAUGAACAUGAACAGAAAAACCUGGAAGUGAAGAUUCUGAGAGGGAAAAAUGUAGCAAUGAAGCAUAAGUUGCUCAAGCUACAGAAAGCCACUCAAUGUCUAAAUGGGGAAGUCGGCCUCCUACCAGCUAUGCCUGCUUCAACUUCCCUGGGUGAUAAUAUUGACCACAAUGCUCCUGAAUGUAAAAAUGAACUUGAAAUGAAGAUUCUGAAGGGAAGAAAUGUGGCAAUAAAGCACAAGUUGCUCAAGCUACAGAAAGCCAUUCAAUGUUUAAGUGUGGCAGCUGACCUCCUACCAGCCACGUCAUCAGCAUCACUGGGUAAAAACAUUGACCCCAAUGCCUCUGAACAUGAACUUGAAGAGAAAAACCUUGAAAUGAAGAUUCUGAGAGAAAGACACACAGCAAUGAAGCGUAAGUUGCUCAAGCUACAGAAUGCCAAUCAAUCUAUAAAUGUGCCAGCUGGCCUCAUACCAGCUAUGUCUGCUUCAACUUCCCUGUGUGAUAAUAUGAACCCCAAUGCUUCUGAAUAUAAACAUGAACUGGAACUGAAAAGCAUCAAGCAUCAUACUUUUUUCAUUUACCAGCAUCUACAGAACAGAAUGACACAGUGGAUUUGGAACAAAAUGUCACCUUUUUCAGUGGAAACACUCUACUUGUGAUAUGAAGCACCCAUAUUCACCAGAAUAUCUGAAGUAAUUAAAAAUAAUUCAUCAAGUCUUCAGUGUACCCAGGGAUCCACACCCUAAAAAUUAGAUAUGAGUCCCAAUUCCACAGUUUUGUCUUUUUUUCGCCCACCCAGACCUGCAGCUGGUGGCUCUGGGCAUCUUCCUUAAACGCUAGUAUAAUUGUUUUGCCCACAUCUACUCUUCUGAUACUGUGACCUGGCAACCAUGCUGAAGUUGUUCUCCAUGACUUUCAAGAGUGAAAUAGAGGAUUCUUGAUUCAGCAUGGCAGCACUUUGAAGCAAUGUCCUUUAGG